UCGUGCCCACGACUUCUCCGCACUUCUCCGCGCUUCUCCGCACGGCGGACCGGCGUUUCAUCCGCGUUCUAUCCGUCUGUCUUCUAUCCCGUCUAUCUUCGCGCCCUCCCUUCGGCGUCGCUCUCCACCUCCCUCUCUCUCAGGUGCCCUUGUCUUCUUCCUCUCAUCGGGGACGAUCCUUCCUAUUCUUCACCAACUUUUAUUGUUUCUUCGCUUAUCUUCUCUACUCACUCACUUAUCUGUCUCGCUGCCUUUCUCUUCUCUAUCGGUGCGACAAGGGUCUCUACUUACGGACGUAAAGUGAAUUCCUAUAGGUGAAACGGAGUUUGUCGGAGGAGAGAAUCAAUUUAUCGUCCCGACGUAACGAAGGGUGUCGUCGUAAAGUGUGUGCGUGUGUAUGUGUGUGUGUGUGUGUGUGCGCGCGCGCGCGACGAGAUCUAUCUAGAUCUCGGUGCUCCGGGCGGACUACGCGCGUGCGAGGAGAGUGUACAGGUGCUCCGGAAACGCGCGCCACGUGCUGUCACGGGCUUGUGAUCGCUCGUCAUCGCAAACGACGAUGGAAUAAAGGGGAACAUCGGCAGACAUCAAGGAGAUCGCAUUUCGUUAGCAAGAAACAUGUUCGAUUCAGUGCCAAUCAUGCGGUGUCUGUUCAUGCUCCAGAUUCUAAUCGCUGUGGUGCAGCCCAAUCUCGAAGCUCGGCAACGGCUAUUUAACGUCAAAGGGGUGUACACCCUACAGGAGCAUUUACACAAUCACGAGAUCGUAAUACCACGGAAAGUGAAUCACCGAGGAGAUUUGAUCUCGGAAAAUGUUACGCAUCAUCAUCACGAGGACGGACCAAUCGUUCAUUAUCGAAUGGCUGUGGCCGGUAACGAGUACCACCUCGAGCUGACGGCAGUCGACAACUUCAUCGGCCGCGCGAUGGUCGUGGAAAGACGGAAGCGGGAUCUGCACGUCCGCAGUCCAGCGAAAAGUCAUGGUAGCAAAUGUCAUUAUCGAGGAUUCAUUAAGGGCCAUCGGAAUUCCCGCGUCGCUCUGUCCGCUUGCGACGGUUUGGCAGGUAUGCUGCACGGCGAUCACGGCGAGUUCUGGCUGGAACCAGUCGCCGUGUCCCUGGAAGAGAAACGUGGCGCAUCGUCGGCCGACGAAGCGACGAGCGGCGACUUAGGCGCCGGUGCCCGCGCGUCGGUCUACGGGGGCCCGACAGCCGGCCGACCUCAUCUCGUCUUCCGGCGCUCGGCCGAGCGGCGGCAACGGCAGCUCGAGAUCGGCCACGUGAAAUAUCCGACAGAACCGCGUCGAUUGACAGAAACGCGGCUCGAAUGGCAAACUCAAUCAGGCCUCGUCCAAGUUCAAGGCCGUGGGCGAAGGAAACAUUAUCAAGCGAAGCGGUGGCAUCGUUCCAAAAGAUCGAUCAGUACUCCGCGUCAUGUCGAGGCUCUUGUCGUCGCUGACACGACGAUGAUGGCUUUUCACCAGGAUGGCGAUGUGGAAACCUAUCUCCUAACCAUUAUGAACAUGGUGUCCGCGCUUUACCUCGAUCCAACCAUCGGCAAUUUCAUCAACAUUGUGGUGGUCAGAAUUAUUCUCCUCGAAGAAGAAGACCCGGAGCAAAGACUGGACAUCACGGUGAACGCGGAUAAGACCCUAUACAAUUUCUGCAAAUGGCAGCAGAAACUAAAUCCGAGCAAUGAUUCGCACCCGAAUCAUCACGACGUGGCGAUCCUGGUGACGAGGGAGGACAUUUGUUCACGUGCGAAUACUCCUUGCAGUACAUUGGGAGUGGCUCACGUCGCUGGCAUGUGUCAACCGGAUCGCAGCUGCAGCGUCAACGAGGACAAUGGGAUCACGUUGGCGCAUACAAUCACGCACGAAUUGGGGCAUAACUUUGGAAUGUACCAUGACACGGAAAAAAUUGGCUGCAGUAAACGUGAGGGUGACACUCUGCAUGUGAUGACGCCGACCUUUGAAGUGGAUGCUGUUGGAGUGGCGUGGUCUAGAUGCUCUAGAAGAGACAUCACGAAUUUUUUGGACCAAGGAAAAGGCGAUUGUUUGGAAGACGAACCGGCGGACAACGAUUACGCAUAUCCGGAUUUGCCACCCGGUGCAAUGUAUAAUGCUGAGCACCAAUGCAGACUCCAGUUUGGCGUGAGAGAAGCUUUUGUCUGCUCCCCUUUACAGGAAAUCUGCUCGAAACUAUGGUGCAUUGUGGACGGCUCCUGCACUACUAUGCUACAUCCAGCAGCUCCAGGAACGCAUUGUGGAAAACAUAUGUGGUGUCAAAAUCAGGAAUGCGUGCCCAUCGUUGAUCGACCGCGGCAAAUCGACGGCGGUUGGGGUGAGUGGGGGUUAUGGAGCGAGUGCUCGAGAACUUGCGGCGCCGGGGUCUCGAUUGUCGAGAGGAAGUGCGAUCAUCCGGAGCCCGCAUACGGCGGAAAGUUCUGCAUAGGUGAGAGACGCCGCUACAAAAUCUGUAAUACGCAACCUUGUCCGGAAGGCACGCCGAGUUUCCGCGCCGUGCAAUGCAGCAACUACGACGACAAAGAGUACAAGGGAAAGAACUAUACUUGGCUGCCAUAUUUUGAUCAAACGGAACCUUGCGAGCUUUAUUGCACCGAUACAGAUGAAAGCGUAAUCGUACCUUGGGGAGAGGCUGCUCUCGAUGGUACUCCAUGCAACGUUGGUACCAGGGACAUGUGCAUCGCUGGCAUAUGCAGGAAAGUCGGUUGUGAUUGGAUGGUGGAUUCCGAUGCUACGGAAGACCGCUGCGGUAUUUGUCACGGUGACGGUACUCAAUGCGAGACUACUAGUGGCGUUUACGACAAAAACGAGGGUCCCGGAUAUAAGGAAGUUAUUAUCAUACCUUCCGGCUCUCGAAAUAUUAAAAUCGAGGAGGUCGGGAAUAGUAAGAAUUAUAUUGGCAUCGGCGUGCCGAAUUCUGACAAGUAUUUCCUGAAUGGAAAACGGCAGAUCACUUUAGCGGGCGAGUAUGAAGUCGCCGGGACGCCAGCUCUCUACGAACGUGAUCGAGACAGAGAGAAGAUCAGAAUCCCAGGACCUAUUAAAGAAGAUAUCGCAGUCUAUUUAAUUUACAGAGGUCAAUAUCGCAAUUUCGGAUUACGUUAUGAAUAUACCGUACCGAAAAAAGAGCCUGAUCGCGCCCCGGAAUAUUCGUGGGUAUUCUCCGAUUGGACCCUCUGCACAGUCACUUGUGGUGGCGGCACUCAAACUUCACACGCGGUCUGUCACGAAAGAAAAAGCGGCAUCGUCGAGGACCUCUUUUGCGACGGUAUAGAAAAGCCAGAGCAGAAGUCGCGCGAAUGCAAUUCGAAUCCCUGUCCUGCGAGAUGGUGGGUAGGUCCAUGGCAAAUGUGCCCUGUCACAUGUGGUGAUGGUGCACUACGCAAGAGAUCGGUGAUGUGUGUGUUCUCUGGCAUGGGUACUGAUCGAUCAGACCUGGCUUUGCCCGAUCGCGACUGCGACAAGCAUAUGCGGCCCGAAGAAAUGGAGCCGUGCCCCGAUCUACCGCCGUGUGGGCCCACUUCGGAGGUACCGUUGAUCGUGUAUGCCGACAACAAGGACAUGUCAUUCUACAACAUCAGCCUGAACGAGCAGGACGGUAUUACGAUAGUCGACGGCCUCACCACCGAGGAGCCAGAGAUCCUCGAGUUCGACAAUGUCGUUGACGAGAAUCCAGACAAUUCCAUGUACAACACCAAGUCAAAGUGGACAGUGUCGAAGUGGAGCCAUUGUUCGAAUAGUAAGAGGAGUAGAAAGGUCACCUGCUCCGUUCCAGGCGAUUGUAAUCCGAAUAACAAGCCGCCCAGUAUUGAGGACUGCUACAGUGGAAAAUGGAUUACCGGAAAUUGGGGAAGUUGCAACGCGACUUGCCUCGUAAAGUCUGGAGUUAAACACAGAGACGUACAGUGUCGUGAUCGCGCGUCGGACUUGUUGUCAAACGAUUGCAAUCUCGACAGAAGACCAUUUGAUAUAAAGCGUUGUUAUUACCGACGGCAAUGCGCCAACGAGAAAAAUGAUUGCAAGGAUAGCGUGGUUCCAUCUUGUGCAAACUACAGACGCAUGUGUGAUGUAUCAUCGAUCGUACGAGAAAAGUGUUGCGCCACGUGCACAAAACGACGGCGACACGUACGUCACAACAAACGGCACAUCUUUACCGAAUAAUUAAAUAAAGGGUUAACAAGCUGAGAGUGUGCAAAAGUAUUUUAAAAAUAAAUCCUUUCAGCGGACAAUACAUCCGUCCUAUUUCUCCACAUUAUUUGAAUUAAGAUAAAAGCGUAGUGGAAAACUUUAUGCUUGUUUUGUACGUGAUAAUGAAAAGAUGGAAAAACAUAUGACAGAGGUGAUAUUACGAGAUUAUAUUUGUAUAACUUUGUACUAC